GUUGCAUCUACUCCAGAUUGUAAACAUGGUAGAAUUUAAUGCUGGUUCGCUGAUUGUUACAUUAACAAAUCCUAGCUUGUUCUUUGCUUCAAGUGCCCUAGUCAUUGCUCAAUUCCAUGUGAAAGACAAGAAAGAGCUAGAAAGAAAACUGGACCAGAUCUGGAUAGAGAAUCGCAAAUUAUGGGUGAAUACCCCAAGGUAUGAUGAGGCACAGAAGGACACAAGGGUGCAGGAAAAUAAGCGCCAUCCGGAAUCAAAAAUUCAGAGAAGGAGCUAUGUUGAGGUGGUGAGAGGCCAACAAGCAAACAGACAGAAUGAGGAAGGAACAACCCAGCUUAUAGAAAACCAAACUGAAAGGCACAGGCAGAGCAGAAGUAAAUCUAGAGCCGGAAAGCUGAGCAACAAUGGCAGACAAGUAUGGCAGGAAAAAGGAAAAAGUGACAGGUGGGUUGGAUUCGAGUACAAUGUCAAAGCAGAAGAAUACACAUGGCUGGACGGGUGUUAUGUAGGAAAGGUCCAUAAUGUGGAAAUGGUCCGCAAUCUUCAGGAAAAAUUCUACAUGGAAGGGUAUUUUUCUUGUCGAAUUCGUGCUAUGGGAGGAAAAUUAGUGCUGUUAGAUGGUGAUGACAAAGAUGAAGUAAAAGCUCUAGUGGAGAUGGCAUCCGAAUGGUUAGGAAGAUGGUUUGAAGAGGUUCGACCAUGGUCUCCAGAAAUGGUCGCUGAUGAAAGAUUUGUAUGGAUUAGAUGUCAAGGAGUUCCUUUAAAUGCUUGGGGGCCAGAGUUUUUUGCAUCCAUGGGAGCCUCAUGGGGCAAAUUUAUUUGCCUUGAUGAUAGUACAAGCCAGAAGAGGAGGUUCGACAUCGCCAGAUUCUUAAUUUCAACUCCGAGUAUGAACACCAUUUCAGUUAGAAGACAAAUCAAAAUCAAUGGGUCUUUCUACAAUGUCAAGUUCACGGAGGAGGAGUUCACCAAUAGUUUUUUCUCCUUGAAGCAAGAUUUCAUGCCCACCUUCCAAAGUGAAUCUGAAGACUAUGAAUCAUGGUCGCUGGGUAGUGAAAAUGAGGGAUUUGAUUUUGGAAAUAUGGCAGAGAUGGAGCAGGAAAAAGAAAGAACAGAGGAGGCGGAGAAAGAAGAUGAUGAGGUGGCACACACAGUGGCGGACAGCCUGGAGCAGGUUCAAAUUUUGAAUUAUGGAAAAACCAAAGCAGCAGGGGAACUAAGGUCGCAGCAGGUGGUGAAUGACGAAAAUUCAGCAAGGCCGGGUGAAAUGGAAAAGAGUAAUUUGGGUCAAAUGAAAAUUUUGAAUAGGAGUCAUAAGAGGAAGCCUAAUCCACAAGGAGCCAGCCCAAGUAAUGUGGAGUCCACCAAUGUGGGCUUGGGCCAUAAAACUUUAAACCCAAGCCUAUUACUGGAUAAAGAAAUGGAGGAGUCUAGAAUUGGUGAGGCUGAAUCGGCAACAGACAAAAAGCUGGGAGGAGAGCUGAAAUGGAAGCAAAGUCAAAGCGCAGAAGAACAGAGGAGCGAAGGUGUCUUGUUUCGACCGGAUCUGGAAAGUGACGAAGUGCAAAGACAAGAGGGAGUCCAAGGUCGGAGGGGUUUCGAGCAUGCAGAGGUAUAUAGCCAAGAAGAGAACUGGUUUCGGGAAGAAGCUGAGGGCAAAGAAGAACAGAGGAGAGAAGGAGAUCUGAUUCGGUCUGCUCUUGUAAGUGACGAACAGCAGAGACAUGAGGGUGACCAUUUUCGGAGGGGUCUCGAGCAUGCAGAAGAACGGAAUCAGGAUGGGGAUGGUUUCGGGGAAGAGGAUGACGGUGAUGAUGAGCAGAGGCAAGAAGGAGAUCUGACUUGUAAAGGCUGCGAGUGUGAGGGAAAAGAGAGGCAAAACCGAAAGUUGAGGCAGAUGAAGGGAACUCAACAGAAAAGGAGGAAGAAAAUCAUACUCUGUAGUUCGGUUUACCAAAGGGAAGAAGCUGCUGGGGAAAGAAAGCAAAGAUUGAAUGGUCAUAGGAGAAAAAUCAAGAAAUCUAUGGAGGAGAAGCAGAUGCUGGAGUUUCUAAGGAGCCCAGAAGGUGAAGUAGCGGAUAUCUCCAUCGGUGAUAGUGGAAUUCAAAACUGCAACAGGAUGCUGAAAAAACAACUUCAAAAUCAGUUAGCUAAAGAAAUAUGGCAGUUAGCUAAACAACUGGGGGCCACAGCAGAUAACGAUGAUGUGAUUUUGGAAAAAAUUGAAGAAAUGGAAUGUAGAGACAGACAAGCAGAGGAUGUGAAGAGGAAACGGGAAGAAGAUAAUGCACAGAAGGAGCUGAUUGAGGGGAAUAAUUUCAUUGGGGUGUGUGGUACUUGGGGAGAGGAUCAGACGCUAGUGUAUGUGCUCAAUGUUUAUUCUUCAUGUCUUUUGAUGGGAAAAAGAACUUUAUGGGAGGAUCUACUGAAUUUGAUGAAUCGAAGAAGAGGAAAGUGGUGUAUAGGGGGUGAUUUCAAUGCUAUAAGAAAGGUAGGGGAAAGGGAGGGGUGUAGGAGUCUAACUACGGAAAUGAGGGAGUUUGAUAGUUUUAUUCAAAAUGCUGGACUAGUUGAUUUAUCUUUGGUGGGCAGAAAAUAUACCUGGUACAGCUCUAACAGCCAGUGCAUGAGUAGGCUUGAUAGGUUUUUGCUCUCAGAAGAAUGGCUUACAACAUGGGGGGAUGUAAAACAGUGGGGUUUGGAAAGAUCAGUGUCAGAUCAUUGCCCUAUACUCCUAAAGAAUGAAAGGGUUGAUUGGGGUCCAAAACCUUUCAAAUUUUUUGAUGCUUGGCUAGAGCAACCCGAGUGCAUGGAGGUGAUUAAAAAGGCAUGGAAUUCCACAGCACCCAAAGGCUGGAAGGGUUUCAAGUUAAAGGAGAAAUUGAAAAGAGCCAAAAAUGCUUUGAAGGAAUGGAGUGGCAAAUACAUGGCUGAUACUGAUUGUAAAAUAAAGGAAGCAGAAAGGGUAAUAGCUAUAGUGGAUGAGAAAGGGGAAGAUGGCACUCUCACGGCAGAAGACAUUGAAAUUAGGAAAGGCUGUUUCAUAGAGCUUUGGAGGAAUUUAAGAAUUAAGGAGAGCAUGUGGCAGCAAAAAGCAAGGAAGAUGUGGCUGAAAGAGGGGGAUGCAAACACAAAAUUUUUUCAUAGUUGUGUGAAGGGCAGAUGGAGACGAAACGAAAUUAUCAGCAUCCAAAUUAAUAAUAAGCAGCUCAGGGGAGUGGCUGAGAUAAGAGAAGAGGUGGCGAGCUACUUUCAAGGUUUAUUCACGGAAGAAAAGUGGCAGAGACCAAGGCUAGAUGGCAUUAAUUUUAAUCAACUUUCCCAGACGGACAGUGAGUCUCUUACGGCUGUUUUCUUUGAAGAAGAAAUCAAAAAUGCAGUUUGGGAUUGUGAUUCAUCAAAAUCCCCGGGCCCAGACGGGUUUAACUUCAGAUUCAUAAAGGUUAUGUGGGAGGACAUAAAACAUGAUAUUAUCAGUUUUGCUCAGGAAUUCCACGAGAGCGGGAAGCUGGUGAGAGGAUCAAACGCCUCAUUCAUAGUGUUAAUCCCGAAAGUAGAAAACCCCCAAAGAAUUGAGGAGUAUAGACCCAUCUCACUCAUUGGGGUGAUGUACAAGAUCAUUGCAAAGCUGCUAGCUAAUCGCCUCAGAAAAGUACUGGAUAAGGUCAUCGGGGAGCAACAGAUGGCAUUCAUAGGAGGAAGACAGCUGAUGGAUAGCGUUGUAAUUGCCAAUGAGGUGAUUGAUGAGGCAAAGAGGAAGAACACAAAGAGCUUUAUAUUCAAAGUCGACUUUGAAAAAGCCUACGACAAGGUCAGCUGGGAUUUCAUUGAGUACAUGUUCGGGAGGAUGGGGUUUCCAAUCAAAUGGAGAAAAUGGAUAAGGGAAUGCUUGCAAUCGAGCAUGAUUUCAAUUCUUCUCAAUGGAAGCCCAACAAGAGAAUUCCAAGUCAGCAAAGGAAUAAGACAAGUGGUGAAGGAGUUGUAUAAAGGAGUGAAGAUAGGCAACGGUAGUGUGAUGGUUUCUCAUCUUCAAUAUGCUGACGAUACAAUAUUUUUUGGUGAGGCAAUAGAAGAAAAUAUUCUUGCUAUCAAAUGCAUCAUGAGGACUUUCAAACUAGUCUCGGGGCUGAAAAUUAACUAUGGAAAAAGUCAGCUAAUGGGGGUCGGGAUUGAGGACAGUUGGAAGAGGAAGAUGGCCUACCGAUUAUGUUGCAAAGAGGGGGAAUUUCCGUUCAAGUACUUGGGAAUUCCAAUCGGAGGGAAUCAUAGGAAGCUAGCAAUGUGGCAACCGUUGGUGGAUUCUUUUAAAAAGAAACUUGCAAGUUGGAAAGGAAGACACUUAUCUUUCGGAGGUCGGAUCACGCUCAUAAACUCUGUGUUAUCCAGUCUACCUGUGUUCAUGAUGUCAGCCUAUCAAAUACCUAAAGGUAUACUCUAUACCCUUGAUAAAAUUCGUAGAUGUUUUUUUUGGGGAGGGGGAGAAGAGUUAAAAAAAACCAAUUGGGUUAAAUGGGAGAGGGUUUGUAAACAAAAGAAGUAUGGAGGACUAGGAGUGAGGGACUUGAGGAUAUUUAAUUUGGCGUUGAUGGGAAAAUGGUGGGGAAGGCUUGCAAAUAUAGAAAAGGGUUUGUGGAAGAGUGUCGUGAAAGGGAAAUAUGGACAAAAUGGGGGGCACUGGCUGGAUUGGGUGCGAGAUGGCAGAAAUGUAGGAUCUCUAUGGUGGAAAGAUGUACGAAAUCUCAAUGUGGGGGAUGGGGCAAAAGGGGGGUGGUUGUCAUCGGGUUUUAGAAUGAAGAUAGGAGAAGGGAAAGAUGGGAGUUUUUGGUGGGAUGAGUGGUGUGGGGAGGUUUGCUUGGCUAACAAAUUUCCUAGAUUAUAUCUCUUAUCAACAGGAAAGGAAAACAAAUGCCACCAAAUGGGCCAAAACGUCAACGGCACAUGGAAAUGGAACCUUGCAUGGAGAAGAACUUUGUUCGAGUGGGAAGAGGAGGACGCAAAGGAACUUAAAAGGAUGAUUGAGAAUGUGACGAUCACACCUGGCCAACCGGACAAAUGGGAAUGGAUUCAUAGCAACGAUGGUCAAUACUCAACAAAAACAGCUUACUUGGAGUUAGUAAAACAAAGAAGAGAACCGGAGGAAGCUGAAAUUUUCAAAAGAAUAUGGAGCAAGAUGCUCCCAAGUAAAGUUGCAGCUUUCAACUGGAAAGUAAUGCUGGACAGAAUUCCAACCAAGACAAACUUGCUCAAAAGAGGAAUUGUCAAAGAUACAGGAGAAAGAAAGUGUGUUCUGUGUGACAAUGAGGAUGAGGACUCUAACCAUCUGUUCUUGAAUUGCAGUAUUGCUAGAAGAAAUAAGUGAAUUAUGAAAUGUCCAUGAUAUGGAAUAUUUAAUUCAAAUUUUGGGUUCAACAUAACUUACAACACUUAUCAGUUUAACCAUUAAAAUAUGUUGUUUUAAGUUUUUUCGCUUUUAAUUUAAAUUUGAAAAUAAUAACUUCUUAAUAAAUGUAUUGUGGGAUG